AUGGUAGUAAAUUUCACAAUCCAUGGUCUCUUUCCAAUGUAUUAUCUUAAUACUAUUGUUCCUCCCUAUGAUGAAGAUCAUGGAUGCACUGAUAUCCAACCCAUGGAUGAAAAUGAUAUUGAUCUCAAUUACCUAGAAUCUAAAUCGAUACUAGAUGAACUGAAUAUGUAUUGGAUCGAUGUUGUGUUCAACAAUUGGGUGGAAAAGAAUCUACGACAAUGGCGAAAACAAUUUAAGAAACACGGCAAGUGUUUUGACUAUCCUGAUCAUCCUUCAUAUUUUUUCAACAUGGCCUUAGCUUUUGUGAGGAGGGUCAAUCUUCUUCUGAUACUCGAUUAUGCAAGCAUUACUCCUAGCAAUAUAGAAUCAUAUCUUGCGUCCCACAUCAGAAAUAAUAUUAGUAAUGCUGGGGGAAAGGGAGUUCAAAUUCGCUGCAAUGAGGACGCCAAUGGAGUCUUGCAACUCUCUGAGGUCCAAGUAUGCUUCCAGCCGAAUGGUGUUGCUAUAGAUUGCGCAUAUGGUUAUAAUAACUGCAACGAGGAUGAUAUGAUAAACUUCCCUCUUCCUUAG